CAGGAUUUCGACGAUGGUUUGGAACAGAUCCUUGAAGAGCAAUGUGAGUAUUUCAAUGUCUAAUAAUAGCGCCAAUAACUUUGUUGUCAUUUUACCCAGUCGAUGAGGCGGAGCUAUUUGCUUGUGAUGAUGACGGCGCUGUUAAUAACGGUGAGCACGUUGUUUCCGACAGGUACGUGGUAAAGUUACCUACAGAGGAUGCUUUACAAGAGGUUGUGGUUAGUGCGGAAUCACAUCACGAUCUAAAUAACGUCACAAAUCCCGCACCCAUUCCGUCUUCAGAGGAACAGUCUCACAAGCUCCCAGACGGCUCAAAUGUUCACAUCCCAGGUGCUUCCAGACCGCGUCACUCGCAGGGUCAGGGGGUAAAACGUUUGAGGUUACCGGAGCACGAAACGGAUUAUGUUCCGACCACCAGCCGUUUAAGGACUUCGGAGAAUAACGAACAAGGGUACGACGAAGGCGGCCUAACAGCAUGGACUGAUUCGCAGAUACGUGCGUGGGAUCAAGUGUCCUUCAGUGCUUCGGAAAGCGAGGAAGAGGAGGAGGAGGAAUUACCUCACGAAAUUCCUCAGGAAUUGUUCCGUGAGCAUGAUUUAAACAGGAGGCUCGAAUAUGAUAUGCUGCGCUGUGUUAACUGGAACUUUGAGACACUUUUCGACUUGAACGGACAAACGUUAUCUUAUCGGGAAGCAGAAGACAUCGUUGCUAGCGCACAAAGUGAUGUGGUAUCGAUUUUGAGAAACAUCAUUGCAUGUCAGCAACAGCACAACGAAUCUUUACGUCACACGGCUGAAUUUUGGAGAAGCUGUAUGGUGAAUUUCUGCAGUUUCAACAGAGCAUGAGCGGUGUACCAGUGGCAAUCCAUCAGGUACAAGUCGAGCAAAAUCUUUCUGUUAACGUCCCUUACGCUGAUCACAGAACGUAUAAAUCUUAUUCAAAGAAUGUUAAUAGAUUUGUUCAGUCGUAUGAUGAGAGGUUGUCCGUGAUAUGUAUUGAAUUGUUGCUUGUUUUUUUUUUUUUGUUAUUGACGUUGAUUCGUUAUUAUCAUUGAGUAUUUCUUACAUUUAUUAUUGUUUGUUACUGACAACGAAUCAUUAUUAUCAUUAGUUAUUUCUAACUUUUAUUAAUAUUGUUUGUUAUUCCUUACAAUAUUGUAUGUCAUUGUCCCCGCCAUUUGGUGUUGUUUUACUUGUGGAGAAACGGUGGUUUUGAAUUUAUAUAUGUUUCUGUAUUGUUAUAUCUGGUUAUGACACAUUGUGAACUGACGUUGGUGUUUUCAGGAGUGUACACGCUUGUCUUUAAACUUGAAAAAGGUGCAUUUCUGAUAAAAAAACAAAACAAUAAUAAUUCAAAAUGAGCAGGAAAAUAUGUCACGAUGAUUUACAGCCCCACACUUCAGAAGAUGAUCAGAGGUCAUCAAGACCCAUAUAUGAUUUUCAAAACAAUAGCGAACAGUUACGUGAAAUUAUUAACAAUCAUUUACAGAUGUUACUAUCUGAUCCGCUUAACAUGGUGGAUAGAUUACAUGAGCUUAUAGACGAACAACACGAAUGGUUGGGUGCAGUUAUAAACAGCGAUGAACAGAUCGGUACAGGGCCAUCUAAUAAUGAAUCCUCAGGUUAUGAUCCCUCAGCUCCAGAUAUGGGUCUCAGUCAGACUUGCAUAGCUAGACUAGUGAGAGAAGGAGGUCAUGUGGGUGAUUUUACGAUUGUCCCAAGACCCCGAUUUAAUGGUUUAGAAAUUCGCAGAACUUUACAUUUUCGUGAAAUAAACACAGAUGACUUUGCAGCUUAUAAAAUCUUUUUGCAGGAUAUUUUGAAUGAGAUUUUAGCGCUUUCCAGAUUGUUGUCAGGUGACAAUGGUUUUUUUAAUACAUCUCUGCAAGGUGCAAGUCUCCCCACAGAUAUUAAUGCCAUUCUAACACCUGAUAACAAUCACGACGUUAAUGUAUUUGUUGACCAAAUCGAACGGACAGUUCAAAGCAAUAUGGAUGUGAGUUUUGAUACCACUUUAGAGUUAUGUGUAUCUGUAGCGUGAAACAAACAAGGUGGUGCGCGUAGGAGGUUGGCCGACCUAGCUCAUAAUCAGGUCAUACAGAAAAAUAGAAUGCAUUUGUUUAGCCCGAAAAAUUUCACAUAUAAUAUGUGUUUUAGUACGUGCAUAGCUCACUUUUUAAAUCCUCAAAGUCCCGACUACGAAUUGAUGAGAAUAGCCAGAAAUAUACAUAAUGCUCUGGGUUACAAUCCCGAGAUAAAAUUGCAUUGCAUGAUGUUUCUAAAUUUGAAGCAUUUCUAGACCUGAAAAUUGUUAUCUUUCACAGAUCUGGUUCAGGUAAAUUGGAAGUGUAUAAAAAUACAGAUGAGAUACAUCUCAAGACGUUGCAUUUGUAUCUGCAUGAAGAUCAUUAUUACGGUAUAAAAAAUCUGAAAGGUUUCUUAGCAUACUCGUAUGUUUGUGAGUACUGCUACCACAUAUUUAAUGAUCAUGCUUUACUUUAUUCCAAUUUACAUGCAAUGUCUGCAAAAACAAUAUGUGCUACACGCAUCCUAAGAAAUCGCUGCAAUGUGACGAUUGUUUGAGAUAUUGUAGAUCUGAUUUAUGUUAUGAAAUGCAUAAACAAGCACAAAGUGACGGUUCGAGGUCUCAGUGUGAUCUCAUAAAAUACUGUGACAAAUGUUACAGACAGUACAGAGCAAAAUGGUCUGGUGAUAAACUAUUAACGCACAAAUGUGCACCAUCGAGAUUUGUGCAUUGCGCUGAAGUUCUGAUGGAUGAAGGUCACCAUUGUUGCUAUAUUCAGCCUGUCAAACCUAGCGAACAUAGCCAAGACUAUAUUUAUUUUGACUUCGAAAUGAUGUAUGAAAACGGUAGGCAUACGGCAAAUUAUAUUUGUGCAGCCACGCAAGCUGGGGAUGAAUUUAUGGCAAAAGGUGUAGACUGUGUAGAUCAGAUGGUUAAGCAUUUCAGAUGUCUGAAAUUUGAGAGUUUCACAUUUAUCGCCCACAAUUCUUCGGGUUUCGACUCUUUUAUAUUGCUCGAGUAUUUCACUAGUCAGGGACUAACGCCAAAAAUUAUACUCCAAGGCUGUAGACUUGUUUACAUGUAUGACCAAGCCUUUAAACAGAGAUACAUAGACAGCUAUAGCUUUUUGCCGAUGAAACUGUCAAAGAUGACAUCUGCUUUAAACAUAAACACCAGCGAAAAAGGAUUCUUUCCCCAUCAUUUUAAUCGCUUGCAGAAUGCAAAUUAUAUAGGCCCGUAUCCAUCAAAGAUAUAUUAUGGAUAUCAGACGAUGUCUGACGCUGAACGCGUGAAAUUUGAUUCGUGGUACGAAAGCAUGACAGGAGAGGUGUUUGACUUCAAAAAGCAACUAGCCUUGUACUGCAAGAAUGACGUUGUUUUGCUGCGAGAGGCUUGUAUGAAAUACAGAAAAGAGUUUAUAGAGUGUACAAACGUAGACCCUUUCGGUUGUACAACGUUAGCCGGAUGUGCUAUGAAAGUGUUCAAAACUCUUUUUUUAACCAAAGACACAAUUGCCCUAACGCAAAAAAAAUGCCUACAUCAAUCAGUACAAAUCUUACUCAAACACUUCCAUCCAAUGGUUUGAAUACAUUAAAGCAAGAAUAAAUGUCGAUGUUCAUCACGCAUUAAAUCAUGGCGAAGCCAAAUUUGGACCUUAUCAUGUGGACGGCUAUUAUGAGGCUGAUAACGGCGAUAGAAUAGCUUUGGAGUUUUUAGGCUGUUUCUGGCACGGACAUUGUUGCCAUUUUAAUCCUAACGAAUUGAAUCCGGUAUCAAAAAUACCUUUUGGUAUACUCAGAAGACAAUCUGACAAUAAAAUGAAGGUUUUGCGUAAUACCUAUAAUCUCAAAGUGCACAAGAUUUGGGAAUGUCAGUGGGGGGAAGCUAAACAAAAUGAUCCUGAUGUCAUUGCUUUUAUGAGUAAUUAUAAUGUGCCAGUGAGACUGAACCCCAGAGAAUCGCUUUUUGGGGGGAGAACGAAUGCCCUCCACUUGUACCACGAGACCGCUGCGGGUGAACGUGUCAUCUGGAUUUCACAUCUCUCUAUCCUUACGUACAGUCGUGUACAACUUACCCUAUCGGACAACCUGAGAUCAUUUUAAAAGAUUUUGAACCAGUCGAAUCGUAUUUCGGCCUUAUUAAAUGCAGCGUACUCCCCCCGCGUAAACUACCACAUCCGGUGUUGCCCGUCAAAUCUUCUCAGGGGAAAUUAUUAUUUGCGCUGUGUCGCACCUGUGCUGAGGCACAGUAUCAGGGUCUGUGUCAGCACGGUGACGAAGAAAGAGUCAUUUCAGGAUUUUGGACCACUGUUGAGCUCUCCAGAGCUAUUGAUAAAGUUAUUCGGUAGUCAGAAUUGAGGAAGUCUGGCAUUUUCCACAGACAUCAGAAACUUUAUUCAGUGGUUAUGUUAAGUCGUUUAUCAAAUUCAAACAGGAUGCUUCAGGUUUUCCAUCGCACAUAGUAACAGACGCUGAUAAGCAGUCUUACGUCAAAGGAUAUUUUGAGAAGGAGGGAGUUCAGCUUGACAUUGACAAAAUCGUACUCAACCCUGCACGUAGAUCUAUAAAUAAAUAUUUAUUGAAUUUGCUUUGGGGGAGGUUUGGACUUAGGUGCAAUCAAGCUACAGCGGAGCUUUUAACAGAUCCUGAAGAUUUCGCCCGCCAUAUCUUUGGAAACGGCCACAUCAUUAAACACUUCUCAUUCGUGUCAGACACAGUAGCAUUAGUGCAGUGGUGUUACGCGGACGAAGACCCAGCCCCCACGUGGGAUGUUAAUUUGUUUAUUGCCGCGUUUACAACUGCUUACGGGCGUUUGGAGUUAUACAAUCUUAUGGAUCAGUUAGGCCCCCGUGUUUUUUACACAGAUACAGACAGUGUUAUCUUUGUAUCGAAAGAUGGAGAUUGGAUCCCAAAAACAGUUGCAUAUCUUGGUGAGCUGACGGACGAACUUGAUGAAUCAGAUUAUAUAACGACUUUCGCCUUGACUGGUCCGAAAUCUUACAGCUUUAGAAUGGCGAAAAAUAAAGUCACGCUUAAAGCUAAAGGUGUCACACUUCAUUCUACUAAUGCGAAGAUUGUCACCUUAGAAAGUAUUGCAUGUCUGAUACAGGGGUAUGUAACAUCACGUGACACUAGCCACCUGCUCACUUGCACAGAGACCAUUGUGCGGGAUAAAAAGAGGUUC